AUGGCUGAAGAAAUAAGCUACGAUGAUGCUUGGUGGGCAACUCACUCAUGGUUUACAUCAAAUGAAAACUUUGGUGAUGAAAUGUUAAGGCAUGCAAAUGAAGCAAAGAUUGAUGACAAGCAGCAACUUGAUCCAAACAUGUGCGAUGAAAACCAGAUUGAACAACCAAAUGAUAUUAUUGUCUCAUCUCAUCAUGAUGGUGAGAAGGAAAUCCAAGAUGGUGAGGUUGUUAAGAAAAGAAAAGGUAAAGCGAUACUAAUAGAUGGUGAUGUUGUAAUGAAAAGAAGUCGAAAAGGGAUCAACGGUGUCAUUCAUAAGCGAAAGGCGAAAGGAAAGAGAUAUCUUCAGCGAUGCAACAAUGGUGCACGAGUUUCAUUAGAGAGAAGAAGAAGAACCAAAGAAAAAAAGUUGUAUGGAGAACUUCUAGCCUUGCUCCCUCAUCUCUCAGUUAAGGAUCACAAAGCCAAAAUACUGAAAGAAGCUGCAGACUCUAUCAAAACAUUGAAGGAAACCCUUCUUGGUCUUGAAAAACAGAAGCUAGAGAGGCUUUAUAGCGCAUCUCAAAGUCUUGUCAGUAACACUGAGUCACCUAACUUGUUAAUUAACAAGGGUGAUUCAGUUAACUUAAACAACAUCUCCUAUCAAAGUUCAAAUUGCUUCGAAACAUAUGCAUCGUCACAUGUCACCUUAAAUGUUUGUGGUGCAUAUGCUUUAAUCAGUAUCUGCUCCGAAAGAAUUCCAGAGCUUUUCACUACAAUUUGCUAUAUUUUUGAGGAGCAUAACAUGGAGGUUGUUUACACUGAAAUAUCUUCUGAUCAGGCUAAGACCAUGUAUCUGAUUCGUGUUCGCUUUCGUGGCAAUGUUCCUCCAGAAUUUGCGGAAGUGUUUCCAUAUGAACAGACGUAUUACAAAGCAGUGGCCCAGAUUGAGAAGUUAGUUAAAUUCCAGAAUUAAUAACCAUAUAAUGAAGGUGUGAUCGAUGGUGGUCUUGGACAGAAAACACAUUACAAGUCUACAAGACUGAUCACCUGUCGGAUGCUUUAAUAUAUCUUAUUUAGUGGCUUAUGUAAUUUGUUAUGCUUUGAAUGUUUCCUUGUUUUCUUGUUUUG